AUGUUAGGCCUCGACCAAGCCACCGCCAUGCCAGAGUCUGCAUUCCCUGGAAUUGGGACCCCCAAAGCCAAGGGUGUCCCCAAGCUCUGUACGGCCAUAGGCCAGAAGCUAGACGUUAUCGAUAUCCGUCAUGCAGCUGUUGAGGUCAAUCUCAAGGCCGAAGUUCUCUCCCUCUUCCGCACCAGGGAUGGGCCCAGGAAGCUCCCCACGCUUCUUCUUUACGAUGAAAGGGGCUUGCAAUUGUUUGAGAAAAUCACGUACUUGGAAGAGUACUACUUGACCAAUGAUGAGAUUGAAGUGCUUGAGUCCUGUGCUGCCAGCAUUGCCAAAAACAUCCCUUCCGGAGCUAUGGUCAUUGAGCUUGGAAGCGGCAAUCUUCGAAAGGUCAACCUGCUUCUGCAAGCUCUCGAAGACGCGGGCAAAAUCAUCGACUAUUACGCCCUGGAUUUGUCCCAACGCGAGCUUGAACGAACCCUAGCUCAGCUCCCAACAUACAGACAUGUCCGGGCCCACGGCUUGCUGGGAACCUACGAUGACGGGCGGCAAUGGCUGAAAGAUUCGUCGAACGCCCCGAGGCCCAAGUGCAUCCUGAGUCUUGGCUCGAGCCUGGGGAAUUUUGAUCGAAGCGAGGCCGCCGCCUUCCUCAAGGAGUUUGCCGACGUUCUUGGUCCUGGAGACACCAUGCUGAUUGGCCUUGAUGCCUGCAAUGACCCGGCCAGAGUAUACCACGCCUACAACGAUAGAGAGGGUCUCACCCAUGAAUUCAUUCUCAAUGGCCUCCGCCAUGCCAAUGAACUCCUCGGGAAAACCGCUUUCGUCGAGUCAGAAUGGAAGGUCAUUGGCGAGUAUGUAUAUGACGCUGAGGGAGGGCGGCAUCAGGCCUUUUAUUCCCCAGUGCGUGACACGAUUGUUUUGGGAGAGCUCAUCCGAUCGCAUGACCGGAUUCAGAUCGAACAGAGCCUAAAGUAUUCUCCAGAGGAAGCAAGAGAGCUCUGGAACAGGGCAGGUAUGACGGAGCUUGCCCUGUGGCGGUGCCGAGAUGAAUAUGGUCUUCAUAUGCUCGUCAAACCUAAAAUGUCAUUCAGCUUGAAUCCUUCUCUGUACGCCCGCAGCCCGCUCCCAUCUCUCGAGGAUUGGGAGGCGCAGUGGGCUGCCUGGGAUGUCGUCACACGCCAGAUGCUGCCGCACGAGGAAUUGCUUGAGAAACCCAUCAAGCUCCGCAACGCAUGCAUUUUCUAUCUGGGCCAUAUUCCCACCUUCCUAGACAUCCAGCUGAGCAAGGCGACGAAGGAGCCGCCUACCGAGCCCGCAUACUUCAACACCAUCUUUGAAAGAGGAAUCGACCCCGAUGUCGACAAUCCAGAGCUGUGCCAUGCGCACUCGGAAAUUCCAGCAGAAUGGCCUCCUGUGGAUGACAUCCUGGCCUAUCAGGGCAGAGUACGGUUCCGGAUACGGCAUCUUUAUGAGAAUGGGUCCGCCAGCAUCCCGCGACACGUGGGCCGGGCAAUCUGGAUCGGCUUCGAGCACGAGCUGAUGCAUAUCGAAACGCUUCUGUAUAUGAUGCUCCAGAGUGACAGGACGCGUCCGCCGCCUCAUGCUCCGGCCCCGGAUUUCGAGAAGCUUUCUGCCAAGGCACGUUCUGAAAGGGUCCCAAAUGAGUGGUUCGACGUUCCUGCCCAGCGUAUCACAAUCGGGAUCGAUGAUCCGGAGGAUGGAACCGAUUUGGAUGUUCACUAUGGCUGGGACAAUGAGAAGCCCGUAAGACAGGUGGAUGUUCCAGCGUUCCAGGCCCAGGGAAGACCCAUCAGCAAUGAAGAGUACGCGCAAUACAUGUAUAGUAAGCACAUCACCAAGGUCCCAGCCUCUUGGGCGCAAGUACCCGAGACUCUUAAGGAAGGAACGGAUGGAGCAGGUGAGGCUGUGAAUGGCUACACAGACGGCGCGGACAACAAAGGCCCAGAAAAAUCCACUCUCCCACAAUCUUUCCUUGAAAGCAAGUUCGUUCGGACGGUUUAUGGGUUGGUACCCCUAAAACAAGCACUUGAUUGGCCAGUGUUCGCAUCAUACGACGAGCUUUCAGGCUGCGCUGCAUGGAUGGGAGGACGCAUUCCCACAUUUGAGGAAGCCCGAAGCAUCUACGUUCAUGCAGAAGCGCUGAAGAAGAAGGAAGCGGAGAAGAAACUUGGAAAGACGGUUCCCGCGGUUAAUGGUCACCUGUCGAACAAUGGCGUUGAGAUUUCGCCCCCAAUGACCCCGCCUUCCACGGUCGUGUCCGCCGCCGCCUCGGAGGUGGAUGCCGAAGAAGCACAUGAAAUUGAGAAAACACCUGAGCUCUUCGUCGACCUUGACGGCGCCAAUGUUGGGUUCCAGCACUGGCACCCAGUGCCUGUCACCAGCAAGGGCAAUUCCCUGGCCGGACAGUCCGAUAUGGGCGGGGUUUGGGAAUGGACCAGCUCCGUGUUGCGUCCGUGGGACGGCUUUGAGGCCAUGCCUUUAUACCCAGGAUACACGGCCGACUUUUUCGAUGAGAAGCAUAAUAUUGUAUUGGGCGGGUCGUGGGCCACUCACCCACGCAUUGCAGGCCGUAAGAGUUUUGUCAACUGGUACCAACGCAACUACCCGUAUGCUUGGGUAGGUGCGCGUCUGGUCCGCGAUAUGGAGUGA